GGUUAAGAUUGUAACAAUUAUAUUUUUGUAGCAUAAUAUCUAUGGUUGCAACGUGGUAACGAACAAUCCUGUGCCCUCAUAAUCUUUGACAUUGGGGUUCAUUUUCAGAGCAGUGUUUAAAGACUACAAGAAUGUGACAGUGACACCCUUCUUCCUACUUCCAAAACGCUUCCGCUGUCAUCUUAAAGAAACACACCGCCUCUCAUCAAGCAUCAUCAUUAUUUGAUUUGAUAUUAUUGGAGUGGAUCGGGGUGAUAAAGUUGGUAUUGUGAUAGGCUGGGGUGGAUUAGAAUGACCCUGAUUCGCUGUUGUCUCUGAACCCUUUCUGGUACGUAACAAAGGCUCAGCGGUGACUGUCACUUGUGUUCUACCAGCUGCGACACUCGGUGCUCGAUUGCUUUCGACUGUAAGGACCAUGGCGGAUACAUGGGAUAAUGUUACAAUUCCUGAGUUCAACUCCCUUCUUCAAAUGGAUCCCUACCUCAAACAGUACGAAAAGGACUUCAGGAGGAGGUAUGGGCUGUUUGAGAAGCGUCUGUUCCUCCUGGAGGAGGCAGAAGGGGGCUUUGAUCAGUUCACUAGAAGCUACAGGACCUUUGGCGUGAACCGCAUGGCUGACAACAGACUGGUGUUGAGGGAGUGGGCCCCAGCCGCGGAGGCCCUGUUCCUUACUGGAGACUUCAAUGGUUGGGACAACUUCUCUCACCCGUACGAGAAGAAAGAGUUUGGAAAAUGGGAACUGUGUCUGCCCCCCAAGCAUGACAAGUCACCAGCCAUCGAACACAACACCAAACUCAAGGUUGUGGUCCACACUAAGAAAGGGGAGCGUCUGUACCGCAUUUCACCUUGGGCCAAGUACGCCAUCCAGACCGAGAAACAAGUCAUCUAUGACUGGGUCCACUGGGACCCUCCUCAACCUUAUCUACACAUCCACCCUCGCCCCAAGAAGCCCCAGAGUUUACGGAUCUACGAGUCCCACGUGGGCAUCGCCUCACCUGACCCUAAAGUCGCCUCCUACACCAACUUCACAACCAAUGUCCUGCCUCGAAUAAAAGACUUGGGGUACAACUGUAUUCAGCUGAUGGCUGUCAUGGAGCAUGCAUACUAUGCCAGCUUUGGUUAUCAAGUCACAAGCUUCUUUGCUGCAUCCAGUCGUUACGGGACACCAGAGGAGUUGAAGCAGCUGAUUGACACCGCCCACUCCCUGGACAUCGUCGUCCUAUUGGACGUGGUCCAUAGCCACGCCUCCCAGAACACGGAGGAUGGGCUAAACUCUUUUGAUGGCUCCGACUCCUGCUUCUUCCACUCCCCUCCACGCGGGGAGCAUGCUCUCUGGGGCAGCCGCCUCUUCAACUACUCCAGCUGGGAGGUGCUGAGGUUCCUGCUGUCUAACCUGCGUUGGUGGAUGGAGGAGUAUCGUUUUGAUGGCUUCAGGUUCGAUGGGGUGACGUCCAUGAUGUACCACCACCAUGGCAUUGGCAGUAUGUUUUCAGGAGACUACUCUGAGUACUUUGGUCUUCAGGUGGAUGAAGAUUCCCUGGUCUAUCUGAUGACAGCUAAUCAUGUCCUGCACACCCUGUAUCCUGACUGCAUCACCAUCGCAGAGGAUGUAUCAGGGAUGCCAGCUGUGUGCCGGUCCGUGGCAGAGGGAGGGUUGGGCUUCGACUACCGUCUUGCCAUGGCCAUUCCAGAUAAAUGGAUCCAGAUUCUGAAGGAGUUAGCAGACGAGGCCUGGGACAUGGGUAACAUUGUCUACACUCUGACAAACAGACGAUACGGAGAGAACUGCAUCGCGUACGCAGAGAGCCACGACCAGUCUCUGGUAGGUGAUAAGUCCCUGGCCUUCUGGCUGAUGGAUAAAGAGAUGUACACCAACAUGAGUUCCCUGAUCCCCAUGACUCCCGUCAUCGACCGAGGCAUCCAGCUACAUAAGAUGAUCCGCCUCCUCACACACGCUCUGGGGGGAGAAGGCUACCUCAACUUCAUGGGUAAUGAGUUCGGCCACCCAGAGUGGCUGGACUUCCCUAGGAAGGGUAAUAAUGAGAGUUAUCACUACGCCAGGCGUCAGUACAACCUGCUGGACACUGACCACCUCCGUUACAGACAGCUCUAUGACUUUGACCGGGACAUGAACCGUACCGAGGACAAGUACGGCUGGCUGGCUGCACCACCGGCGUUUGUGAGUGCCAAGCACGAGGGAGACAAGGUGAUAGUGUUCGAGAGAGGCAACGUGCUGUUUCUGUUGAACUUCCACCCAACCAGGAGCCAGACCAACUACAGGGUGGCUGUGGCCUCGCCUGGGAAAUACACCAUCAAGCUGGACAGUGAUGAGGUGCAGUACGGAGGCCAUGGCAGACUGGACCACAACACAGAGUUUUUUACUGAACCACAGCCCUUCAACGAGAGAGACAACUCUAUGCUGGUCUACAUCCCCUGCAGGACAGCUCUGAUCCUGGGUAAUGACGAUACCGAGUCCUGUUAUUAGAUCUCUGCUACGACUGACUCUCGCUACCAGCAGAAACAGACGCCCAGCUGGCGCCAACCUUAAGUGUUAUCAACCAAUCACUGUCCUUUUUUCUUUUGUUUUUCUGUGUCAACCAACCACACGCCACUAAUGCCCCCCCCCCCCCCCACCCUUCCCCAUUUAUCACAACUUUUGUGAGUUCCUAUGUUUUUUUUCCAUACACCUUUAACAAUAGUUAGUAGAUGAUCAUAUUAACAUCAUCUGUAAUCUGUAACGCAGCUUGGUGUUUCCCACUAUAACUGAGUCGGGGCCUUACUGAUUAUAUGGUCAACUAAUAUGAUGUAACUCAGGAUGAGGGUUGCAGAAUUCCACUAACUUUCCCCAAAGUUCCCAGGUUGGAAGAUUUCAGGAAUCAGAGUAGAAUAAAACAGGAAAACCUGGACAUUUUGGGGGGGGGGGGGGGGAGUUCCCGUAAUUCUGCCAUUUACACAGUAUAUAUCGUUCAUAUUUUGAGUCCAUCCACCCACCACUAGUUUGCCAAGCCUUGGUAUGACACCUACAACACUUGAAAAGAAACCGUGGUACAGGGAUAUGGUAAUGCUAAUAUGCUAACAUAAAGCAUUACUUGUGGUACGGUAUUGCUAACAUAAAGUAUUACUUGUGGUACGGUAAUGCUAACAUAAAGUAUUACUUGUGGUACAGUAAUGCUAACAUGCUAACAUAAAGCAUUACUUGUGGUACGGUAAUGCUAACAUGCUAACAUAAAGUAUUACUUGUGGUACGGUAAUGCUAACAUGCUAACAUAAAGUAUUACUUGUGGUACAGUAAUGCUAACAUAAAGCAUUACUUGUGGUACGGUAAUGCUAACAUGCUAACAUAAAGUAUUACUUGUGGUACAGUAAUGCUAACAUGCUAACAUAAAGCAUUACUUGUGGUACAGUAAUGCUAACACAAAGCAUUACUUGUGGUACAGUAAUGCUAACAUGCUAACAUAAAGCAUUACUUGAGUUACAGUAAUGCUAACAUGCUAACACAAAGCAUUACUUGUGGUACAGUAAUGCUAACAUGCUAACAUAAAGCAUUACUUGUGGUACGGUAAUGCUAACAUAAAGCAUUGCUUGAGUUACAGUAAUGCUAACAUGCUAACAUAAAGCAUUACUUGUGGUACAGUAAUGCUAAUGCAGUUAGCAAUAGUACUACCUUCUCCACUGAUUCCAGCAUGCACAGGCUUGUAAUAAUAUUAUUUUACAUAUAUUGCAUUAAGAUCGGUGUGCUAUUUAUAUAAAAAUACAAUACGCAUGCAAUUUUUGAUGUACAAUUUAAUUCUUAUGAUUUUGUAUUUAAAUGCCAACAAUGUUUUGCAAUUGGCCAUCCGAAAGUGUAUACUAUAAGAAUGUGUACUAUUUAAAAGUGUAUACUAUUUAAAAGUGUAUACUAUAAGAGUGUGUACUAUUUAAAAGUGUAUACUAUAAGAGUGUGUACUAUUUAAAAGUGUAUACUAUAAGAGUGUGUACUAUUUAAAAGUGUAUACUAUUUAAAAGUGUAUACUAUAAGAGUGUGUACUAUUUAAAAGUGUAUACUAUAAGAGUGUGUACUAUUUAAAAGUGUAUACUAUAAGAGUGUGUACUAUUUAAAACAAACAGGACAGGAAAAAAAGUUACCAGUGUUGCAUCCCAAAUAGCACCCUAUUCCCUAUAUAGUGCACUACUUUUAACCAGGACUCAUAGGGCUCUGGUAAAAAAGUAGUGCACAAUAUAUUUAAGCAAUAAGGCCCGAGGGAGGAGGUGUGGUAUAUGGCCGAUUUAUACCACGGCUAAGGGCUGUUCUUAAGCACGACACAUCGCUGAGUGCCUGGACACAGCCCUUAGCCGUGGCAUAUUGGCCAUAUAUCACAAGACCCCCUGAGGUGCCUUAUUCCUAUUAUAAACUGGUUAUCAAUGUAAUUCUAGCAGUAAAAAAAAUAACUAUUUUGUCAUACCCGUGGUAAACGGGGUCUGAUAUACCACGGCAGUCAGCCAAUCAGCAUUCAGAUCGCUGUGACGUCAUCACGUUUGUUUCGUCACUGUUGAUUUAUUUGUUGGCAUUGAAUGCUUUGUUGGCAUUGUAUUUACACUGAAAUAAGCCGUCUUGAAUAAUAUAUAUCAUUUUUGUUGACUAUCCUGACUUUAGUGGGUUUGUAAUACCUUUGUGGUGUGAUGGGUCUUCUAUCAAAGCAGCAAGGGAUUAUGCAUUUUUACUUGUUUAUAUACUUGUUUUGGUGUGUGUCAGUCAUUUGCAGCUAAUGCCACAUAGUCAGAGUACUGAAUACAGGCAGCUGAAAGCCCGUCUGGUAUACGAUGUGUUUGGAGUUAUGGAAGCUUCUGGAAUGGACACGACGAUUGGCACACAAUGACUAUUAGAGCGGCAGAGGAGACCGUAGCGAGACUAAAUAACAGUACUGGACCCUGCUCAAAGACAGGAACCGGCCAUCCAUAUUCUGAACCAUUGUCCGUCUUGCCCAACUUCCCCUCUUGUCUGUCCCUUAUACUGUAUUUUAGACACUUUUAACCCUGACAGAAAUUGAGCUUUUGAUUUCAAUUAUAUAUAUUAUAUAAUUAUAUAUAUAUAUAUAUAUAUUGUUUUACGUUAUCUGCAAAGGUCCAUACUGUUAGUGACUCAAAGGCUAAAAUACAAUUUCUAUUUAGGAAAAUGCCAAGAUUGUUCAUGCUCACUGAAUACUUUUGUGUUACCUCCCAAAUUAACCCCUAUUCUUAUAUAGUGUACUGCUUUUCACCAGCCUCCUCUUUGGGCCCUUGUCAAAAAGUAGUGCACUGUAUAGAGUGUAACUUGGGAUUCUGCCUGUGUGGGUGGGUUAAGGUCAUGUAAGCAUCAAACAUGAAGGAUCACUGAUUCCCUUCAUAGUGCACUAUUUUGGACCCGUGUCCAUAGGGCUCUGGUCAAAAAGGUUAAAACAAAUCACAAAAACAUUUAAAAAGUAGUGCACUAUAUAGGGAAUAGGGUGCCAUUUUGGACAAUUGUAGUGCACUAUAUAGGGAAUAGGGUGCCAUUUUGGACAAUUGUAGUGCACUAUAAAGGGAAUAGGGUGCCAUUUAAUUUGGGACUCAAGUCUCGUCUGCCUUCAUCUCUGCUGUGGUUUCGUGGUUGUGUUUUCUUUUCAGGCGUUGUCUAACCUCGUCCCCCGACUGGAGGGGGUUUAACAAUGUCAGGUGCACAAGAUGUUAUGUUGUAAUUACCCCCCCCCCCCCUCCA